UGAAGAGCCAUUUAGCUUCAGAGAGAGAGAGAACAUCAUAAAGGCAAACAUAAGAGAGGAGAUGUCAGAAGAGGAAAGAAGAGAGAUCCCUGGGAAUUACAAGAUGGGUGAGACAGAGAACAGUGAAGAGGAGGAGGAGAAGGAAGAUGACAAGGAGGACAUUCUCCCACCUGAUAAAAGUAUCCGAAGGAGAGCUGUGGACUGGGUGAAUAAGAAGUGGGAGAAGAGGAACCUCAAAAAGAUCGAGAGAACGUAUCAGAGAGAGGCUGAGGAGGGCUAUAAGAUCGUCCACAUAGCCUUCCCUGGACACCCAAGGGUAAUAUCCACCAUGACCCGGGCAGAGAGAGAGAGGGAGAAGAGGAAGGAGCUGCUGAAGGAUGAGGAGAGAAGGAAGAAGUUGGAGGAUUUCAAUAAGCAGUGGAGAGAGCAGUCCCUGCUUAAAAAAGGACUCAUCAGAAUCUGAAGGAGGAGAGGGAGAGGAUGAUGGAAAAGUACCUGGAGCAGAUGAAUCUGGAGGCUGAUGCUCAAAUCAACACCCGGUGUCUAACCACCCAACACAGCCACGAUUCCAACCACGGUCAGGCAUUGCCGGGAUGGGCCACAGGCCAACAAGUAAGCCAAGAGCCUGUUGGAUCUGGAGAUGGCCAGCAGGAGGGGCCAAGGAGGCAGCAGGCAUGGGCAGAGAACCAGGAGGGGAGUUCGGAGAACCAGCAGGAGUGGCCAGAGAACCAACAGGGGGUGCCAGAGAGCCAGGAGGGGAGUUCAGAGAACCAACAGGGG